AUGGACAUCCCUCCCCCUCCCGCGCUCGAAAUCUCCCCGCCCCUCCUCAACUCCGCCAACCCCUGGUGCACAACCUUCGAGGACAUCGACCGCCUGCACGCCUCCCCCCACACCGGCGCCAUCACGACCCGCACCUCCAUGAUCGGUGGCUUCGCGCACGACGACGCCUCCAACCAGUACGCCUUCUUCAACCCCUCCACCGCGGAGCCCUCCCGGGCUCCCAACGCCUCGACGCAGCGGUCCCCGCCGGGCGUCGGCGCAGGCGACGUCGCCUCCCUCAACAACCUGGGCUACUCCCCGCACCCGCUCGGGACCUACCUCGACUUCGUCGGCCGGCUGCCGGACCGCGUGGUCGAGGGCCACCGCAAGCUCGUCAUAGUCUCCGUCACCGGCUCCCCGGCCGAGGUCGCCGAGUGCUACCGCCUCAUCGCCCGCUUCUCCCGCACCACGCCGCACCCGCUCGCCAUGGAGGUGAACCUCUCGUGCCCCAACAUCGCCGCCGCCUCGCCGCCGGCCUCGGACCGCGCCCAGCUGCUGGCCUACCUCGCCGCCCUGCCGCGGGACCCGGAGAUCCCCGUCGGCCUGAAGACGCCGCCGUACACCCACAUCGCCCACUUCGCGGAGCUCAUCGGCGCGCUCCGCCAGGACGCCACCGUCGUGUCGCCUACGUCGAUGCUCAAGGGCACCGGGGACGGGGAGUGGGGCCCGCGGCUGCCCGGGUCGGGCCUGGGCGGGAUGGCUGGCGCGCCGCUGCACCCGCUGGCGCUGGGGAACGUCAAGACUAUCACGGACCUAUUGUUGCGGGAGCCCGAGCUGUUGCACAUCAAGGUCAUCGGCGUCGGCGGCGUAUCGGACGCGGACGGGUUCAGGCGGAUGAAGAGCGUCGGCGCGUACGCCGUAGGGGUUGGCACGGCUUUGGGAAGGGAGGGGGUCGAGGUGUUUGAGAAGAUUGCGUCUCAGUUACACAAGUAG